AUGGCCGCGCCACCCCCCUCGGCCCCAGGCGGCCCGGCCGCGUCGCCCUCCGUCAUCCCGACCACCGCCGAAGAGGCCGCCAAGCUGCCGUACCACGGCACCCCGGCCUGGCUGCACAACUUCGCCCUCGCGGCCACGGUGCUGGGCCCCGUGGGCAUGCUCCUGCCGCCGCGCCGCGCCGACUUCAAGCUCGUCAUCCUGACCUCGGGCACCUUCUGGGGCACCUCGCAGCUCGCCUACGACUACACGGGCCGCAGCAUCAACCAGCGCUUCACCGACCGCUUCGCCAGGUGGACCGACGGCGGGCUGCCCGAGGCCGCGCGCAAGAACCAGGCCCUCAUGCAGGCCGAGAAGGCGCGCAGGGCGGCGGCGGCGGCGGCGGCAUCGGCGGCCCAGCAACAACAGACCGGUGCCGCGGCGACGCCAGCACAACAGCAGCAGCAGGAUGGCUCGUCAUCGCCUUCUCCGGUGACGGACGCGCUGCUGCAAAAGGGCGAGGAGGAGAAGCAGGGAGCGCUGACGAAGCUGUGGAUGGGCGGCGAGAAGCCCGGCUGGAAGGAGGCGCGGUUAGCCAAGGAGCGAGAGGCCAUCGAGGACGGCAGGGGGUACUGGGGGUUGAUCGUGGAGCAGAUAUCGGAUGUUGUCAAUUGGAAGGGCAGUGACGGGCAGAAGAGAGACGAAGCUGCUGCAAAGGAAUCCGAGAAAAAGUCUUGA